CCCUACGCAGCCGCAUCGUAGGCUGCAUCCUCCGUUUAGGGUUUCACCAAGUCGUCUUCGCCGCAUUUCCACAAGCAGCCAUGGUUCUCCAAAAUGACAUCGAUCUCCUCAACCCUCCAGCUGAGCUGGAGAAGAGAAAGCACAAGCUCAAGCGUCUCGUGCAAUCUCCUAACUCCUUCUUCAUGGACGUCAAGUGCCAGGGAUGCUUCAACAUAACAACUGUGUUCAGCCACUCUCAAACAGUUGUAGUGUGUGGAAACUGUCAGACUGUUCUGUGCCAGCCCACCGGUGGUAAAGCCAGGCUCACUGAGGGAUGCUCUUUCAGGAAAAAGUGAAAUCAUCAUCUUUUCCAAAAUGCUGCUGUGAUAUUCAGUUGUUGUUAUUGUCUUAUGACGUUUUUUAAUUUUCUUAUGAGUAAGAUUUUGAAGACAUGAAACUACAAGUUGAGUUAUUAAUCCUAUGCUUUCUUUUACA